GCUAAAGUUACAGUGGGACAGUGAUGCUGCAGCACAGAUGCCAAAGGCAUUAACAGUCCACUCAGACAGAGAGAAGCUUUUUGGAAUGUUGGAAGAUCUGAAAAAGGAGGAGCUUGAAAAGUUCAAGUGGUUCCUGCGGGACCGUGAUGUUUUGGUGGAGCUCCAACCCAUCCCAAAGAGCCGACUGGAGAAGGCCAGCACCUGUGACCUGGUGGACCUGAUGGUGCAGACCUACACAGAAAAGUCUGUGGAGGUGACCACGAAGGUUUUAAAGAAAAUUAACAGGAAUGAUCUGGUGCAGAUUUGUAGCUUCUGAAUUUCUUUUCAGUGCACUACAUGAUUGUAGUAUGGAAAGUAGCAGAGAGUCUGACUGACUGUCCAACUGACUCUGACAUGAGGGAGAGUUUAUAAUGUAGGAGCAGAUUUGAGGUUAAAAUACAGGAAAUAACAUCUAUUUGAAAAUUACUGUACUGUGUGUGUGU